AUGAGUAAGAAAACCGUGAUUCAAAAGAGUCCAAGGGCCAAAAUCCUCAAACUCCCUGAAAAACCUAGAACUUCUCCUCGCUCCAAAGAUCAGACAUUCACACCAUCACCGUCUCCUUCAACCUCUCCUCCUCACACCGACCCAAUGGCACACACCAAAACAACUCCAAGGUAUCCAUCUUCUUCUAAGCCAUCGGCUCCACCAAGUGCUCCCUUGAAACCAAGCACUUCAAAGGGGAAGCAACCAGUAGCUGAGGAGCCAGCGCCUGAACCAUUGCGACCUAAGCCAAGUUCAGCACCUCAGCAUUCUUAA